GAGAGCGCCGUUGAAGUUGCCUACCAGAAAUUCCUUGCCACCGACAUCAAGGAGGGCCUGCAUGCCCGUGCCUGGUCCUUCCACCUGAAGUCCCUUGCCUUAGUGCGACCGUCGGCGAAGUCGGCGCAGCUCUUGCUCGACCGCGGAGCCAUCGUUGAAUCUGCAUUGGCCGGGAAGAAAGAUGAACGGCUGCGAGCUUGCGAUGAACCGUUUGUGCAGAGGGUGGACUGGCUCGUGUCCUGCUGUGCCGUCUCGAAACAAAUUGGCCCCAUCAUCAACCGUUGGAAGAUCCCCGUCAGGUUCGACCCGCAGAGCCCGCUUGUUGCUUGGGCUGUGGAUCAGCGCGUGGAUCUGGAAUCGGAGGAAGAGCUCGCAAGGUGUCUGCCGGAGAUCGCCGAGCAGAAAGGGCAAGAGAUCGGCUUGACAGAAUGGAACCAGGACGGCAACAUCCGCCUUUCAAUCUUCAAGCGGUGGUACUGCGUGCCCGACAUCGCAGAUGCAUCUCAGAGGGAGCGAGAGCUGCAGUGGAUUUCAACAGAGGCCAAGAAGGCAGGGUUGUCCUUCGACCUGCUCGAGAAGAUUCAGAAGCAGCAGGACCCUGUAAACGCGCGGGCUGACUCACGGUGCUCGCAGGAGUUGCGCCCAGAGGAAAUGCUCUACCUGAUGCCGAAAGGGCCACCUGGCAAGGGCCGCCCUACGAGAGUCAGCUUCCAGGGGCGCAUCGUUCCCGGUUCGAGGACUUGCUGGAUCUCGUUUCCCGCCAGAUAUGCGCCUUGCUGGGAUGCUUUGACGGGAGAGUCGGCGACAGAUUCCGUGGCCUGCAUCUUCCAUGCCGAGGAAAAUGGUCACGAGAAAGACGGCGGUGGAGAAGGGGAACGUGGUUGGCAAGGCAAGUGGCUCGAGAAGGUUCAAGAGGCCGUCGAGAACGGUCAGCGCUUGAAGGUGGCCCUCCCUCCCGGGCGGCUGGGCGCGACCCAGGAGAUGGAGAUGGCAAAGGCCAAGGAGAUGGGCUGGAGCUACGAGGAGGUGGACGUCUUCGAUGUGCUGGAGGAUCAGUUUCCACGAGGGGUUUUGGUCGACGCCUGGUGCGAGGCGACAAAGUCCUGGCGGAGAGGAACCGUCGAGGAGCAGGAUGUUGUGGUCACCGAGCAGGGGGACGGUUUUGAUGCUGUGGUGCGAUGGACUCUGCGAUGUCAGCUUACCGGGCAGAUCUUCGACUCCUCGUGCGUUUGCAGUACCUUUGCGACCAUGAAAGCCCAGCUGGAUUGUUUCGGUGAUGCAAAACUGCGUGGGAUCCUCAUGGAGUGCCUUCCGCACAUCGACGUGCUCGACAUCGGCACCCAUCGGCUUCGCCCAGAUCUUGUGGCCCUGAGAGCCAAGCUGCACAUCAAGUCCAUCGGAACCCUGCACAAACUCAGAAAUCGAAUCCUCAAUGACGACCUCGAGCGAGACAUCAACGCGCAUCUGGCAGAUCCCCGCUGGGAGGUGGAAGUCAGCAAAUCCCACUUUGUGGAAAUGUACGACGCCAGCCUCCGGGCCCUUGACAAGCUGACGUGUCACCAGAGAGAGCGUCUUAGUGUUAUCAGAGGCUCGGACAUGGUGCACUUGUCGGCUCCUGCCGGUGCCGGCAAGACCUUCGUGGCUGUGGAGCGAGUGAUCGAUGCUCUGAAUCCUGGGGCUGAUGAGCCAGCUCCUCGCGUCCUGUAUGUAGCCGCCACCGUCGAGCUGAUCUACUACUUCGUCCAGUGGCUGGCCGUGCGCAUCCGGUCUCAGAAGAAGGAUUUGGAACUUCUGUCUGCGUUGGUUGUGCUUUUCAAGCCAUACAAGAAUCUCCUCCGGCUUCGUAUGCCCGUGCUGCAAGAAGGGGACAUCGAGUUUGAAGCAGUUGUCAUGACCCACGACAAGAAUAGCAAGUUCGAUCUCCUUGUCAUUGACGAGAGUCACAACAUGUAUCAGGACGGCGUCGACCGCGGCAUUCUUGACGAUCUGCAUGGCAGCAAAAGGCUGCUGCUGUCCGACAACGCCCAGUCUUCGGCCGUGACCGCCACGUUUCCAGAGAUGGAGGAGGUGCAGCUGACGGAAGUAGUCCGGAGCACGAAGCAAAUCGUCCUGGGCGCUGCCUCGUUCCAAGUCAACGCCGAAGCUGCUGUGCCUGUGGGCACCGAGGGCCCGCCAGUGAAGUCAUUCAUCUUUAACGCCUCCAAGGACGAGGAUGAGCGGAUGAAGCACUACGCCCAGCGUGUGAUGGAUGCCAUCCUUCAUGUCGACAGCGUGUAUUCGGGCGUGAGCUUGCACAAGAGGCUUGCGCUCCUCGUUCCAGAUGGUCAGUUCCUGACGAAGCUGAAGAAGGCCUUGAGCCCGUUGUUGCGCGAGGGACUCCCACACCGAAAGCUCCGCUUGGUCAAGCACGAGGAGUCCUUGCGCUCGCUGCCGGAGUGGCUUCGCAGUGCGGACAGGCGGAGCGCUGGGGAGCAGCAGGAGCACCGGCAGGAAGAGAUCUUCCUCGAGGAGGCCGCAUCGAAGCACCAGUCCCAUGCCGCAGCCAAGGUUUGGCAGGCAGCCGCUGCAGAUGCAAAGCAGCAGAAGCCUGCAAAGCAGGAAGCCGCUGCUGAGAAGCCGCAGCAACAGAAGCCGACACCGUCUCAGCCAGAGCGCACCCGGAAGACCAAGAAAGUCCUUUGGGAGCAGGUGCCCCAGCAGGUGUCCAACGUUUGGGACACGAGGAGCAACGAGGUCUCGGGUUCCAAGAAGCCGGCCUUCGACCCCUUGAGAGCUGCCAAGCUGCAGGCUAAGGCCGACCGCUUCAGGGGGCACGUGGAGAAGCUGCGGAGUGCCGAUGUCGCGGCGCAGGAGCAGGCCGCAAGGAAGCACCGGGCCUCCGUCGCGGCGGCCGGGGCGAUCCCUCCGCUGGUGGAGCUGCUGAGCAGCAGUAUUACGGAUGUCCAGAAAGCGGCCGCGGGGACGCGAGCAGCAGUAAUACGGUUGAGCGGCAGUGGUGAGCAGGGAUGGGCCGCAAACGCGCUUCGGGAUCUGGCGAUAAGCGCAGACAACCAGGCUCUCAUCGCCGAGGCCGGUGGCAUCCCUCCGUUGGUGGAGCUGUUGAGCAGCAGUAAUACGGAUGUCCAGAUGAUGGCCGCAGCGGCGCUUCGGCAUCUGGCGUCAAACGCAGACAACAAGGCUCUCAUCGCCGAGGCCGGUGGCAUCCCUCCGCUGGUGAGUUGUUUGACGACAGGCACGAAGUGGGCCCAGCUACAUGCAGCAGAAGCUCUCGGCACCUUGAUGGCGGAUUGGAUCGUCGUCGACCGCGAGUUUGUCCCCAUGCCGGAGGCCACCGAAAUCGCCGAGGCCAACCAGGCUUCCAUCGCAUCCGCGGGAGCGAUCGACCCGCUGAUUGAGAUGCUAACGCAACGCAGCGGCGUGAUGGGGUUUCAGGAGAUGGCCGCGCAGGCGCUUCGGCCGUUCUCGUCCCGCGAGGACACCCGCGUGGCCAUUGUGGAAGCUGGCGCGAUCCCUGUGCUGGCAAGGUUGUUAACUCAGUGUGAACCCGAACAUCAGCACAUCGUCCAGCACAGCGUCGUCGGCAUCUUGCACGACCUCGCCGAGAACGCGGAGAACGUGGCGGCCAUCGUGGAAGCCGAGGCGGUCCCUAGCCUGGUGUUUCUGACCGACAGAGCUCAGGAGGCGGCCGCGGAACUUCUGCUCAAGUUGUGCGCCCACCCCCAGGGCCUGAGCGAGGCGAAGCGUUGGGGAGCCCUGGACGCAGCCGCCGAGCUGGAAACGUCCGGGACGCCGGCGGCGCAGGAGGCCGCGAAGCGGCUGGUGGCGCUGCUGCGGCCAGGGAACCUUCACUUUGUUGAUGCACAGCGGAUGACAAAGGAUUGCCGGCUCUCCGUGAUUCUUGCUGUCGGUGAGAAGAGGGGGUCCAAGCAACCGAGAGACAGGCCAGAGGAAACCCGACUGGGUCUCAGACCUUCGGAAGAUGCCCUCGAAACCACAGGUUCUAUAGUCACGAGUGCCAAGAGUGCGCGGAUGCCGGCUGAUGGUGGCAGGGCAUGGGGCGAUCUGCAGCCGCGACGUCGAAAUCGGGGCGUCUCGGAGCUCCUCACGAAAGCUUCAGCAGGCUUCAAGUUGAUAAGGUCAGACAGCGACCAGGUAGCCGAAGGCCGGGAAGGUGGGAUCGUGGCAUGCGACGUCAAAGAUAUUGAGGGUGAAGGCUGGUUUGGCAAGUGGCAGACCAGGGUGGUGCAAUCCAUGGAUGUAUUGCUGCAGAACUUCAAGACUACGGAGAACGCUGUUGACGUCCAACUCCUACUGAUCAUGGACGGUAGCAGCAAGAACUGCGAAAAGGAGAGAGCGAAGAUCCACGAUCUGAAGGAAGUGCUUCGCCAUCAUUACAGGAAUGCGGCCUUUGCUUUUGAAGUGCAUCACCUGGCGCUGUACAUCGCAGACUUGAAGGAGGAGCUUAGCACCAAGGCUGGCAAAUUCAGCUGGGUGAUGUUGGGUGUGUUGUGCAAGGAGCCCUCCGAGGACAGCUUUCAUGACCGAUUGAAUGUGGGCCGAGAGCGCGAAGUCGCCUACCAGAAAUUCCUUGCCACCGGCAUCAAGGAGGGCCUGCAUGCCCGUGCCUGGUCCUUCCACCUGAAGUCCCUUGCCUUGGAGGUGCGACCGUCGGCGGAGUCGGCGCAGCUCUUGCUCGACCGCGGAGCCAUCGUUGAAUCUGCACUGGCCGGGACACGAGAUGAACGGCUGCGAGCUUGCGAUAAACCAUUCGAUGAAUCGUUUGUGCAGAGGGUGGACUGGCUCGUUUCCUGCAGUGCCGUGUCGAAACAAGUUGGGCCCAUCAUCAAUCGUUGGAAGAUCCCCGUCAGGUUCGACCCGCAGAGCCCGCUUGUUGCUUGGGCGGUGGAUCAGCGCGUGGAUCUGGAAUCGGAGGAUGAGCUCGCGAGAUGUCUACCGGAGAUCGCCGAGCAGAAAGGGCAAGAGAUCGGCUUGACAGAAUGGAACCAGGACGGCAAGACCCGCCUGGCAAUCUUCAAGCGGUGGUACCGCGUGCCCGACAUCGCAGAUGCAUCUCAGAGGGAGCGAGAGCUGCAGUGGAUUUCAACGGAGGCCAACAAGGCCGGGUUGUCCUUCGACCUGCUCGAGAAAAUUCAGAAGCAGCAGGACGCUGUGUGCAUCGGGCUGUCACUGUGCCGCCAGGAAUCGCGCCCCGAGGAGAUGAUCUACUUGUUGCCGAAGGGUCGACCUGCCCGUGGCCUCCCGACGAAAGUCAGCUUCCCGGGGCGCAUCGUUCCUGGGGCGACGACUUGCUGGAUCUCUUUCCCUGCGAAGUAUGCAGCCUGCUGGGAUAUGUUGACCUGCGAGUCGCCACAAGAUUCCGUGGCCUGCAUCUUCCAAGCCGACGAGGACAGUGGUCCUGGCCUCGGAUGCCAUGCGGAUUGUUGUCCCAAGCCUUUGUCGGCACAGGAGUUUUGCAGAUAUCGCCAGAUCUAG